AGCCAGAAAGGGCCAGCGCGGUGGGGACCCUCCGCUCUGAACGGCUCCGGCGCGGUUUUGAAUCGAAGCCGGCCAGCGCGGGAGCAGGGCCCUUGCGAUGGGAAGUGGCCAGCGGCUGACACGCAGACCUGCUCUCCGCCUGAGGUGCUGGGCCGCGGUGGCAGGCUCAGGUUCCAGUGGGGAGCCCAUGAACGGGGCAGCUCUCCGUUCUCGCCUCCUUCCUGUUCUUCGCUUUAUCGGCCCUUUCCCUUUCCCUCUCCCCAAGGAGAAGGUGAGCCCCGGGCAGUUGGGCGAGGGGCACGUGCGAAGGCAGCUUUCUAGACUGCUGGAGAAACGUGGGCUCUGUUCGCCCAGAGCUGCCCGUUGAAGCGGGUCCCUCGUGGCCGGCUGGGAGAAUGUGGUCUGAAAGAAGCACAGGGCUCUGCUGGCCACAAGGACUGGACUGUCCACCCUCAACUCCAAGGGAUCUGGGGGAUGAGCUUGGUAUCACAGGGGUCUGGUGGCCAAGUUUACGUUUUUGCUAAGAGGUCACUUGGGCACUCAGUACUUAGAACCUGGCUUGUUCCCAUUUUCCUACGUUUUAUAUGUGAUUGGUUGGCGCCAUCCCCUGGCCAAUGUUGGUACUGUCACGGCCUGGAGAGCAGGAAACGGACCUUCUCGGGAGCGUCUGAUAGCACUAAGCCUUCCUGAUUUUCAGUGGCGAUUCUGCAGUGUCACAGCUUCAGCAAACUGCAACGCAAAGAAUGUGUUUCAGCUGUGACAGAGCUACAGUUAACUUUGUUUUAAAUGCUUUGAAAGCCCUCUUUCAAAGUCAUAACAGUUGUGAAAAGAAAAAGAAACCGUACAUUGUUCUAAAUGGGUUUCCCGAGGCAGGCGGAUGCCCGUAACCGCUUGCAUGGAUUUGCUUGUGCGUUGGCCUCCCUGGUCUCCCUGCACAAGAGCUGAGCGCCAAGCCUUGAGGGUCCUCUCCCCCCAGCGGUGUGGAGUUCUGCAGCUGAAGCUGACGGGGAAGCGGAAGAGCGUGCAGGACUAAGGGGCAAAUGCCGUCCAAUACCUUCCCAGUUGGGGGUUGACAUUUGUGGAGGAAGGAAAACGGGGAUGAGUGCAGAUGUUCUAGGUUUCUGGGGUAUGGCGUGGAAGGGAUGGGCGCUGUCUUUAAGAGAGCAGGAUCCUCGGAGCAUUUAGAGCGUCACUUAGAGUAACAAAGCGUGACUCUCAUUUGGCAAUAUUCUGUUAGCAUUAAGGAUGCUAGGCAGCUCAUAAAACUAUGUAGUCAGGUUUUGGGGGUUUUUUGAGUUGUCCCUUAAUUGUUGGAGAUAUUUACCUCUAGACAUGUUCUCCUAAUGCUGCAGAGUUGUGCCUUAAGCAGUUCAAUGCAUUUCUCAUAUGAUCUGUGUGAAGAUGUGACACAGAAAGGAAAUAGAUUCUUCCUGGUAUCUUUUAUCUUCUCCAGUGUGUUCCUUCUGCACACUUGGAGAUGGUGAAUGAUGAAAGUUUCUCAUCUGGAAAUAAGAUUCCCACGGUUCUCAAUACGUUCUUUGGGCUGAGUGACAGCAGUACAGCUCUUCUUGCUGAGCAGAGUAUAGCAAUGUUUUUAGAAAAACUUUGUUUAGGGAAAAAAAAUAUAUAUUAGUAUGAGAGGUUUGUAAAUUGUAAUGUUUAUAUUUUGUUUUUUAAAGAAACUCAGCCAAAAAAAUGUUUGUAGGUUCCAAUGGUACUGGUCUUUCUAUUAUCUGUUCUAUUAUCGGUGACCAAAUUACUUCAAUCACAUAACUGUCAGAAAUAAGAAAGAUAUAUAUACUUAUUCACCUGAAGUAUGAUCUUUCAGCUGCAACUGGUGUUCAAAGGUCUUUGAGAAGGCAAAUGACACGACCCACAAUUUGCUUUUUCCUUAGCAAGACUUGUAUAAAAGUUCCACAUGCAUUUCAUGUUUGAGGAUAUAUAGGUACCAAUCUAUUCUAAUAAAUGCAAAAAUGUAUGAGGCUUUAAAUCCCUAAAAGGUUUCAUUCUAAAUUAUUAGGCUUUUUUGUCCCUUGAGCAUUUUAGUAGUACCGUUUAUUUGACUUCAGACAAGCUUACCUUGGAAGAGAAGAGAAAAGAAUUAAGUUUUUUUUCCUUUCUAAUUAGAAUUUUUGGUUUCUUUUGUUAGAUGCUCAGAUUUUGCAGCUAAAGAUCGUGUAGCCUGUAGAGGGAAGGUUGGCAUUUCAGAUUUACGAAUUCCAUUGAUGUGGAAAAACUCUGAUCAUUUCAACAACAAAAACAGAACCAAGCGUUACUCAGUUUUUUGCUUACUCAAAAUAGGAGCCCAGGUGUAUGAUUCAGACUUGCUUAUUGUGGAUAAUGCAGUAACAGACAUAUGCUUAGAAAAUGCAACGAUAUUUGAGGAAGCCGGGCCAGAUUUCCAGCUGAAGGUGGAGGUCUACAGUUGUUCCUGUGAGGACGACGUCUUGACCCUCACAAACACCCCCAGGAAGCUGGUCAAGAAGUUGAAAACCUCAGUGGGAAAAAGCACUGGGAAAAAAUUCAGUUCUGCCUUAGACAGAAGCAACCUCGAGACUCCCCUGCUCACAGAAACAGUCCUACCUGGCGUGAAAUGCAGCUUGCUGGCGUCCGUGUCCCUGCGCUUGGAGGAUGCCAGGGAUGGCUUCAGCGCCCACAGCCUUACCCUUGUGGGAAAGGAGGAAUCUCCUUUUUGGCUUCCGCUGUAUGGCAGUGUGUGUUGCCGCUUAGUCGCUCAGCCGUACUGCAUGACCCGGGAUGCGAUGGCCGGAUUUCUUAACCAACAGCAGUCAGCGGGGAUCCCGGGGGCCUGGAGGCGGCGGUACUGCGUGCUGAGAGGUGCCAGACUGCUCUGCUAUUCUGCCCCUGAAGAAAGGGAGGCCGAUGCGGAGCCCGCUUUGUCCGUUUCCAUCAACCGGGGAACCCGAAUUCGUCCUGUGGAUACAGAGGCUGGGAAAAAGACCAAUAAUUUCUCAGUCAUCAACUCUGAGGCUGGCGAGGCCACGGCUCAGGUUUUUGCAGCGGAAAGCCGGGAAGACCUUUGCAGGUGGAUGGAAGCUUUCUGGCAGCACUUUUUUGAUUUUAGUCAGUGGAAACACUGUUGUGAAGAAUUCAUGACGAUGGAGAUUAGGUCCCCGCGGAAACCCCCGUUGUUCUUGGCUGGAGAAGCCGCUUCAGUUUACCAAGAGCUGAGCAUCGAUUCGCCAGUGAAGCCCGACUCCUUAGUUGCCAGAGCUCGGCGCCAAAUGGAGGAAGGCCGGGGGGCCCGGCUGGCCGGCCUGGAUGAAGUGGACGCCCUUGGCAGCUCUCCUCAGGGGCUGAACGGGAGCAGCCCCCAAGCAAGGCAGGACCCCGCGGGGACAAGCCAACUGAAGCUCAUGCAAGAAGCCCGGUGCUGAAGCUGAAUUCCGUGUCAUGAAAACGGCAGCGCCCGGUAACUCAGCAGAGAGUUGGAAGUCCGCAUGCCCGCCCACCUGCCCCACCAUCUCCCUGCGCCAGCGGUCUUUUCGCCGGUGCAAGGAGGAGGGCGCCAGGCCCGAUGCGUCAGAGCUGCAGCAUCUCAGUCGGUGGCGCGGGCUGGCCUGUUGUCCUGCAUGCAGAUGGAACAAGCCCCGCUCCAGACUCUAGAAAAGCGAGGAGGCCGGUGUCGUGCUCUUCGAGCCUUGGGUGCCAUGAAAUCAACAUCACACGAAAUCCUGGCUCUCUUCGCAGAAAUGUAAGGAAGCGGGGCAACCCAAAGCCAUGUCUUGCUGCAUUUUAACCUGCCAGAAACCCACCCUUGGGCAGCUUGUCUGAGUGGGAAGAGUGAACUGCCCUGGCCGAGUGCAACCCCGAGGGUGCCUGGGGUCCUCGCUCUACACCUUCACCAGCACACCCUGCCUUCACCCACUCAAAUAUUUUUUAUACAUGUCACCCACCCUUCCUUUGUCAACGUAACUUGGCAGAUGUGGUGCUGUCUUUCCUGCAGAGACUUAAGGUGGUGAACUUGGAGAUCUCCCCUCCUCUGAGACUUGUAACAACUCUGCCAGGGGGCUGAGUGACUGUCCCUAAGCCCCCCCCUCCGGGAGUCUGUACAGCUGAGGCCUUUCCCAUCCUGGUCCAGCACCUUAACCAGUGUGCAUUUUUCCCUGUUCCCACAAAAUCCUCAAGCUUCCGCAGUUGUGACUUUAAAUAGCAUCUUCUUAUCCAAAGGUAUUUGAAAAGUAAAAUAAAGCAAGUGGGAAACCAUGUUCCUCUUUCACGGACAAAUAAAAUGGGUCUCCGUCUCAAGCUGUUUUUGUAAUGAUUCUUCCACUGAGAAUCAGAGGAGCUUCCUUCAUUCUUUCAAUGAGGGGCUGGGAAAUGUGCUCCCAAUCUGUGCAUGGAUCGGUCGUGCCAGAUUCAGUUCUCUGAGGCGUUAAAGGGUUUGAGAAGAGCUGCAGGCUUCACCAAGGAAGAAAUGCUUCAUUUUUCAAAGAUAGCUUGAUCUGUGUGGGUUUUUUUGUUUUUGUUUUGGUUUUAUUUUGUUGCUCAAGGUAAAAAAUGCACACAAUGCCAUCUUGUGGUAGCCGAAUGCUUGCACCUUUAUUUUAGAAAGAAGAAAACACACCAGAAGCAUUCUGUACAACCAACGUCUUCAGAAAAGCCAGGAUCCUGCACAGAGUGCAGGGCAGAGAAACCCACUGAUUUUAAUGCCCAUCAGAGUUUAGGCUGCAAAUCUCUGCAGGGUCACUAAUCAGAUGGCCACAAAAAAUUACUUGCUGCCUUCUGGGCUGGGCUGGACGUCCAUGCCGUUUAUCCUCUUGUAAACCAACAGUGUCGUCGCUCGGUCCGCUUUCAGCCCUGGACUGUGUUAGUGCUCAGGACAUUGGUCCAGAACCUCGGACAAGCCGGGCCUCGCUGACGCAUUUCUUUUGCCUGGGCCAAGCAACCCGAAGGCGGCCCAGGCGCGCUCUGGGCCGGCCAUGGAAUUUUCUUUCAGGGUGGUCAGGAGCGGGUGGGUUGCUCCUGCGGAGGCAGGUAGGUUUCUGGGCCCAGGGCAGAAAGACCCGGCCCUGCCCCACACCAGGGGGAGAAGAAGGAGGCAGCUCAGCUUCCGGAGAUGGUCGCCUCCCUUGGCGUGAUUUUAGGACGACCCAGUUGCUCGCUCUCCCCGGGCCCUCGUGGGCCACUUGUGCCCAGCAGCUGCUCAGAGGAACAGGAGCUACUUGCAAGGAGGGCUGUAAAGUCUGACCUUCAUGCACCUCCUCAGACCAGUCAGAUGUCGUGUUGAGUGGCAGCCUCUGUGCAAGACACGCUCGUGAGAGACAAGGGCACUGGCAGAUUGACUGCUUUUUACCAUAAAACUUGACUGGUCUUGAUUCUAUUAUAUUUAAAAGUGGGUGCUUUUGCGAGAGCAUGUUUUGACAGCAUGAGCUGCUGCAGGAGGGAUGGGCUACCUGCAAGUAAACGGAAACCUAUGAAGACUCAAAGUGCUCAAAGUAAUGGAGAAAUCCUUUGUAUGGCCCUUGAUGGACUAUUACUGAUGCUCUGAUGGAACCAUUUAUUUUCUUACAUUUCAAUCCUGCUGUUUCUCCAGGAACUCAAGGCAGCAUCCCCUCUAAUUUCCCCCAACUGCCACCCUGGUGUGGGGGUGAGUGGCCAGCCCGAAGUCACCCAGGAAGCUCCUGUGGCUGAGGGGGAACUUGCACCUGGGUCUCCCAGGUGCCUGACCAACACCUUAACCUGCCAUGUGUCUCCCACAGGAAGGAUUCAGGCAACAGGAAGUUGGCUUGCAAGGCAGUCCCUUGAUUAGAGAUCCUGGUUGGCACAGACCAGCAUGAUCCUGGUUCAGUUAAAACUGGGUUUUGGUUGUCCUCCUCACCUAUGGCCAAAAUGUGUCCAGUUGACCAAUAUUAUCCCUCUUGUUAGCAUGCAAAGUUGCCCCUGGUAUGGAAUGACAUAGGCUGAUGAUCUCGUCUAUGAGGGACAGCAGAGAACAAUAUCUCACCCCCCCCACCCAUCAUGGUGUUGGCCAACCUCACCUUUCAUGUAAUACUUCGUAUGAUAGAAAAGAUGGAGCUGGGUGGUCAGCCUUAGUUGUACCUGUGCAUCAGAAGAUGAUGAUGAUGAUGAUGAUGAUGACAGCGACGAUGCAGCAAUUUUUCCUCCAUUUUUGCCACCACCACAAUCCUGCAUGGCAGGUGAGGCUAAGAGACAGUGAGUGGCCCAAAGUCACCCAGUGAGUGGGGAUUAGAAGUUGCCUCUCCCCAGUCCUAGUCCGGCCCUUCACUACAUCACAGUGGCCUUUCUGGUUCCAUCUGGGCUUGCAACUGCUUCCUUUUCUUGAAAACUGCAGUGAAGACAGUGACUUUCUUUUAUCAGCUGGGGGUGCACUAAUCAUAAUUUCUGCUUCGGCAGCUUUAUGUGACGGUCACGUGAGGUCCUUCUCUUGUUUAUGAAAGUCUUCCCAGUUACUGUGGAAUCUGCUUUGUCCAGUUUUCCAUUUCACUGCCAUGAUGCAAUGUUGUGUUACUUCAGAGCCCGCUCAGGGCUCCAGAAGGCCACAAAGUUCUGCUGCAGAUCCAGAGCGUUGCUGGCCUCACAGAAGCCCCCCAGUGCCGUUGACGUGGCGCUCUUUCUAAAUCAACUUAUGAGGCUCCUUCGUUCUUCAGCUGCCAUCGAAAGAUACCACGAAUGCCUUUCUGCACAGAUGUCCAUCCUUCGAGGCCCAGAGCAAAGGCAAAGCCACAGCUUUAUGGGCUGGUGAUGCUCCCGCCAGGGGAAAAGUGCUCAGCAGCCCCUUUGACGGACCGAGCUUGCCCUCUCCCGCCCAGAGGCUCAGACGGACCGCUGUGUAACUCGGCUCUGGGGGUCCCGUGCCAGCUGCUUGGGUGCUGCCGUGGCCAACGGAACCGCCCGUCUCCAGAAGACGCGACCCUGACCUGGAACGCCUGCUCCGGCUUGAGGUGCACGAGACUCGAAUCGCUUCCCGCCACACUGCAGUUCCAGAGCGGGCAAGCUGGGAACGUCCCUUUGGCCUGGCCGCAGCUGGUUCCCACGUCUCAGCGGGAAACCUCCCUUGCGCUUGCCCCGGCCAGCUAAGGGCCCAGAACGGCUGGAGCGGAGGCUGGACACGGUUCCGGGAAGGACGGUCUGCUGCCGCCAGAGCGCUCGCCCCGGUUGGCCCCGGUCGUUCCUGCGCGCACGAGGACUGGCGCAAAACCCAACCGGUCUGCAAAGGCCUCUUUGAUCCCGACCUGAACCCCCACGGAGAGCUCCAGAGGCUUCAGGAAACCUCGGCGAUGGCGGCUCUCGCUCCUUCAGCGAAAGAGGAAGAAUCGGUUCAUUGCAAAUUUCAGUACGAACCUGGAUCUCCUGGACUAGGAGUGGAUCAGAAUGCAGCUAUUUUUUGGUUUUCACACUUUGCUAGUUUUUUUUUUUAAUGCAGUUCAUGACUCAAAAAUCAUGUUCUUUUAAGAUAAAAUUCAUGAAGAUUUAUGUAUUUUGAGAGAAAGUAUGUUAGAAAUGCAUUUUUCUGAGAAAAUAUAUUGGAAAAUAGAUGUUUAAAUACAUUUUUGUGUGGGUGCAGUUUAUUCCUUUUAUUUUAUCACAGCUGAAUGCUGAAAUAUGAUGGAAGAGACUCAUGAACAACACAUAGGAAACUGAGACACGCUGGAUGCAGAUUGAGCCAUUCAUGCUUCGCUCCCCCCCACACACACAUUUAACAAGAUGGGCCACCUGACAUCGCUCUCUCUCUCUGCCCUUCAAGGGUUCACAGGCAAGCUGAGAGCUCCACAGGAGGAGGAUGUGCACUCUUGCGGUACAGACAGGAUAAAGAGGGCGUGCGUGUGCCAACGUGCCCAGGGCGAAGCACAGGUGGGUAAUAAAACGAGGGGCUCUGCCAAAGCCUCACACAGUUGGGCAGAGUCUGGAAACCAUCAAGGUCAUCAAGGAGAGGACCCCUGGCCUCAGCCCGGCUCAGACUGAGAUGCUCUCUGGGCCUGGAAAUUUUGCUCUGUGGAACAAGGGCCCGAAGUCAGGCAUUCUGCUUCAGAGUUUUGUGAAUUAAGCUGCCUUUAUCACUGCUAGAAGGCGAAGGUUUAAAGUACUUUGGGGAGUUGGGCCCUUUUGCAGGAAUCAACCAAUCAAGAACUCAAGCACUUAGCGGCCAGACUGACACAGAUCCUGAGUCCCUGGCGGCUGCGCUCUGAAGAAGCCCAGAGCCAGCCAGCCUCUCUUUCAAGGACAUCAAUGCUCACCGAUCCCCUUGGGAGCAAGGAUCCAGACCAUCGUUACCUAAAACAUUCUAUGGCAGAGAUUCUUGAGAGAGUCUCACAACCCACAUCAAAAGUCAUCUAUACGCCAAUGUUACCGAGUAACUUGUUGACGGUGCAGUCCUACGCAGGCUUCCUUUGGAAACGCAGGACCCUUUCACAGCCUAGACAGGAAGAUUAAGCGCAAUCCUCAGUAAGCACCCAGGCCUUGCGACGGGAGAGCCACAGCUCAGCUGCAAGGCAGGAGUUGUGCAAAGGCCAGGCGAGGGGCCAAGGCGGGACCCAGCGACCUCUGGCAGAGGGGAAUCUGAACCUUGGCCAUUGCCCGAUCUCAGUCUGCUUCUGUCCGAAGAAAGUGGGUGUCCUGUAAACAGGGACCUUGCCCCCUCACCUGAAAGCUGCUUUCAGAAUGUAAGCAGAGGAGGAAAGACAGAGAGACAAAUGCAAAGUUUAAAAAGCCCUUCAUAUCCAGAGCCAGAGCCUCCUUUCUUUUACUAAGAAAAGAAAAGGAAAAGAAAAAAAAUGUGGCAAAUAAAAAGGAGCUGUUUAAUUUUUUUCUUUAAAAAAACAGCACAUGAUACGUGGAAAAUAAGAACUUACAUAAAUUAUACAUAUGAACUCGACACGGGUCAUUUUUGUUUCUGAAGCAGAUAUGUACAGUCUAUUUUGUGUUUACUUUUUCUGUUCUGAUAGUGUUAAGAUGAAAGUUGACACAGUUUUUCUAUACAUUGCAUUGAUUUGAACUCUGAAAUGGUACCCAAAGAAGCAACAUCCACAGACGAGCUGCAUUUCCUACCUUCUUGUUUUAUCUGAAACACUUCAAGGCCGCCGCACUGGGGGGGGGGGGACAA